CUUCCCCUGAACCAGUUCGCUUGGGGCACUAGCCUAAACAAUCCACUACGGCUACGGAUACCUGUUGCUACAUAUCGCUUCAAGUAGACUCUCUAUAUAGGAAGAAUAAUCAAUAAAACUUCGCUCUUCUUGUUGAUUCACUCUAGUGCUUGACGGAAAUAUUCAACAGGAGUUGGCGUGACAAUUCAUAUCAGUAUAAAAGUUUGCGAAUUUGGUUUACUUUUUGGACAAAAAAUGGCAUCCAAUAUCCCAGCUCCAGUUUGGCCAUCAGGAAUGAGCUCAGUUCAUGCUGCCAAUCCAUUUGAUCCAGAGAAAGCAGCCGAAGCCUUGAGGAAGGCCAUGAAAGGUCUUGGUACUGAUGAAGGGGGUAUCAUCAAAGUUCUCUCCACACAUUGCAACGCUCAGAGAUUAGAGAUUGAUAAAAAAUACAAGACAAUGUUUGGAAGGGACUUAAGAGCAGACUUGGAGAGUGAGAUAAGCGGCAGAUUUAAAGACCUGGCCCUAGCUUUGUUGGACCACCCGAGAGUUUUUGAUGCCAAAGAAUGUAACGAUGCCAUUAAGGGUGCAGGUACUGACGAGGAAGCUUUGAUAGAAAUUCUCAGCAGCAGAAGUAAUGCAGAAAUAGCAGACAUCCGAGCUCAGUACAAGGCUUUAUAUAAACGAGAACUGGAGCGUGACAUUCAGGCAGACACCAGCGGACACUUCAAGCGCCUCCUCACAUCAUUGGUCUCUGGUCACCGGGAGAAUGACAGGACUGAGCCCGAUGUUGCGCUGGCCAAGAAAGAGGCUCAAGAACUCUAUCAGGCGGGUGAGAAACAGAUGGGGACAGACGAGUCUGUGUUUAACAAGAUCCUGUGCCUUCGUAGCAUCAUCCAGCUAAGAGAGACGUUUAGCCAGUACAAAGCCAUAAGUGGAAAGGACAUUGAAAAGUCCAUUGAAGGAGAAAUGAGUGGCAGCCUUGAACUUGGCUGUUUGGCCAUAGUGAAAGUGGCCAAGAACCCUGCUGCAUUUUUUGCCGAGUCACUUUACAAGUCAAUGAAGGGUGCCGGAACAAAGGAUAAAGCUCUCAUCCGGGCUGUCGUGUCCCGCAGUGAAGUGGACAUGCAGUUCAUCAAACAAGAAUUCCAAUCCAAGUACGGCAAAUCUCUGGCCAGUUUUAUUGAAGGCGACACCAGCGGUGAUUACAAGAAGUUGUUGGUGGCCAUCGUUGGGAAAUAAAGGCAGCCAAAUUAAAUUUUCUUUUUUAACAUUUUUUUUUUAUUUCAAGAUUUAGUUUAGAAUUUAAAAAAAAAAUGUUUACAUGUUUAACUUUGUAUAUUUAUAUGACAAAUUCUACUUUUUCUAUAAACUAUAUGGAAAAGAAAGUAUAUGCUAUGAAAAUUUUGAUUUGCUUGUUUACUUUGUUCAUGUAAUCACUAAACAGAAAGGAAACUUAAAGAAAAUUUAAAAAUCUAUUUUUUUUUUAUAGAUUACUGGGUUUUUUAAACUACAAAAUCAUUUCAAGAAACAAACGUAUUUUCUUUUUUUUUUUUUAACUGGGCAUUUUUUUCUUAACUGUACAAAUUGUGGAUUACUUUUUUUGUAUUUUUUUGUUUUUAGAGAAGAUAUUUAUAGGACUGAUUUAAUUCUGUGCAAGUUUGCUUGAAAAGAUUUUUUUUGUAAACGUCUGUAAAGGAAUGACAGAAUGAUCGAUCACAUGAUUAGGGAAGAUUGUUGAACCUUUUAGAUAGCUGAAUUAGACAGAUCAUAUACAUUUUUUUUUAUUUUGAUUGAUUACGAAGUAAGAUCCAUGAAAUAGAAGGUUAGCUUGUUCUACAUCAGUGGUUUUCAAACUUUUUUUCUCGUGGACCCCUUGGAAGUCUUUGUGUACUCCCUGGGGGUCUAUAUAGAUCGCUUUGGGAAUCACUGUUCUACAUACUGCCACCUAGCAGAACUUUGAAUUAAGGGGAGGUUAUCCUGAAUCUGGCUUCUACUCAGAUUAUAAAUUUUCUUGGCAUGAAGCGUAUGUAAUGUGUUUUUGUUAAAUGAAAAUAAAAUGUUCAAAUGUUUAGUUUGUAGUUCUGGCCAGGUAUUACUAGAAUGGUGAAACUGUUAACCAAGUUUAUGGACUAUGCCUGCUUGUCAUCCACUUACCCAUCCUCACUGUUGAUGUCAUGGACCGUUGUUAUGGUGUAACCAAGUUGUAGCUCGUCUAUCAGAACAGCUAAAUGACUGCACAUCUCUCACCCCUUGCCUCCCUUGGCCAAUCAAGUCUUUAUUUUCUAUUUGCUUCCUGCUUUCUUUAGUUGACGUAGUGUUGUAGCCUUGCGAAAAAUAUAUUUAUAUAUAAAAUUGAGAGUGAACCAUAGCUAUAAACAAUUCUUAGUUGAACAUAAAAAAUAAAAUGUAUCUGCGGCACGGACCAAAGGUUUGGAACUCACUCUCCAUUGAUCUCAAGACAACCUGAUACACUACACUCAAGAAAAACAUUAAGACCUAUCUGUUUAAAACUUUUUUAGAUCAGUUUUUCUUUUUAGCUCUUGUGUAUGUAAUGUUAUCACAGCGCCCUGAGCCUACAUUUUGUUUGUUAACAGCACUCUAGGAAUAAAAUUAUUAUUAUUAUCAGUGCUUUCCCUUGCCUGUCUUGCAUUCUCUGAAGCCAAAUUUCUGAUAUCCUUAGUUUAUAGUAGCAGCUAUAGCCUGACUUGUCCAAGUCAUAUGGAGUUGACCACAUAAGGCUUUCUCUGUCAGUAGAGUAAUGUUAUGAAGUAGACCAAAAAAAGAGAAGUUCUUCAUUUCAGACCUUGCAAUCUAUUGGGCAGAUGAUGUAAAUGUCUACUGCUUCUGUGGCCCAUGGUUAACGAGGAUGUCAUUUGGCCAGCACAAUGACCAACCGCCAAUCCUGAAAUUCAAAAUUCCAGCCUUCACCAGGAUUCUAACCUGACACCCCCGCGGUUUGAAAGCCAAGCCCUUUACCGUUCAAACGCCGUGCCUCUACAAAAAAAGAAAAAUGAUUAAAACAUAAUUUUUAAAGAGUGAGGGUCAAUUUAAAGACAAGAUAUAAAAUGAUUUUGUGGCACUAAUUCUGCUUUGAUUCUGUUUUCUUUUACACUUUCUGUGAUUGUUAAUCUUUCAGUACAUUUUAUUUUUACACUUUUUUUUAUAAAAAUAAAAAUUGUGGCUUUUUUUAACAAUCUUAUUUAUUUAUUAUAGGCCUAAUUUAUAUAUAUAUAUAUAUUUGUGAAAUGUCUCUGUGUUGCUUUUAAGACCAUGUUUAGGUUGUUUUUUUUGUGAUAUUAAAAAUGAAAUGAUUGGGACCAUCUGGGUUUUUUCUAUGCUGAUUAUAAGAUCUCUAAAGAAUACAUUUUAACAAGUUUUUAAUCUUGAAAUGUAUUUCUCAAAGUUUUGUUUAAAUUACCAGUAUGUUUAGUUAUAUUUAUAUAUAUGAUUUCUCCCUAGGAAGGCAUAGCGUAUAGUGUGUAACUGGCAGAUCUACUGAGGGAGUAGUAUUUAGUUUUCCAUUCAUUGUUUAUUUGGUAACAACUUGUAAUUAUUAUUACCAAUUUAAAGCUUGCUUUUAUUUUUCUCAUAAAGUUCAAUAUUUUUGUUUAAAUGAAAAGUGGAAAUUAUGAUUCAUGACAUGAUAGUUUCUUUUCUUUUUUUAAUGCUACAUAAAAUAUUAUGUUUCUUUUUUACUGGAGAUUUCCAUGAAAAAUGGUGACUGGGGGGAUUUGUAGAAAUAUAUAGCUAAACUAAACAAUGUCAAGGACACCAUAUUGAAAGUUCACUGUAGCCUAAAUAACUAAAAUAAUAAGUAUUCUGCCCUGCAAAUAAAAGUUUCAUAGAAAUUUGAUUUGUCAGUGCCAAAAAAAUGCACAUGAAGUAUGUGUGGUAUGCCUUUUUUAAAACAUUAAAAACUACAUUGCUCGUCACCGUUUCCUAUUGUCUGUACUUCGGAUAUAUACAAUAAAACUCUAGCCAUUUAUAGCUGUCAGCGAUGGAUGGAAAUCUCCAAUAAGAUUGAAAUGUACAAAAAAAAGGAAAACUAAUCUAUGUUUGUUGAUGUUCUGUAACGAUUUAUGUCACUUUGGAAAUAUGAGUUUUGAAGAAUGUAACAAAUGCCCUACAAGACAAGAGCUCUGUUUGGUAUUGUGAGGACUCUGUUAGAGUCGUGCGUUGAAUAUAUUGCAAUACUAUUAUGUAACGCCAUCAUCAUUUAGCACUUGCCGUUUUUUAAUUCAUAUCACAAUAAACAAUUUAUAUAGAAA